CGCCAUGGCGGUCCUGCUGGAGACCACGCUGGGCGACGUGGUCAUCGACUUGUACACCGAGGAGCGGCCGCGCGCUUGCUUGAAUUUUCUGAAGUUGUGCAAAAUAAAAUAUUACAAUUAUUGCCUUAUUCACAAUGUACAGAGGGAUUUUAUCAUACAAACAGGAGAUCCUACAGGGACUGGCCGUGGAGGAGAGUCUAUAUUUGGACAACUGUAUGGUGAUCAAGCAAGUUUUUUUGAGGCAGAAAAAGUGCCAAGGAUUAAGCACAAGAAGAAAGGCACUGUGUCCAUGGUGAACAAUGGCAGUGAUCAACAUGGAUCUCAGUUUCUUAUCACUACAGGAGAAAAUCUAGAUUACCUUGAUGGUGUUCAUACAGUGUUUGGGGAGGUGACAGAAGGCAUGGACAUAGUUAAGAAAAUCAAUGAGACCUUUGUAGACAAGGAUUUUGUUCCAUAUCAAGAUAUCAGGAUAAAUCAUACAGUGAUUUUAGAUGACCCGUUUGAUGACCCUCCUGAUUUAUUAAUUCCUGAUCGAUCACCAGAACCUACCAAGGAACAAUUAGAUAGUGGUCGGAUAGGAGCAGAUGAAGAAAUUGAUGACUUCAAAGGAAGAUCAGCUGAAGAAGUAGAAGAAAUAAAGGCAGAGAAAGAGGCUAAAACUCAAGCUAUUCUUCUAGAGAUGGUGGGAGACCUACCCGAUGCAGAUAUUAAACCUCCAGAAAAUGUGUUGUUUGUGUGUAAAUUGAAUCCAGUGACCACAGAUGAGGACCUGGAGAUAAUAUUCUCAAGAUUUGGGCCAAUACGAAGUUGUGAAGUUAUUCGAGAUUGGAAAACAGGCGAAUCCCUGUGUUAUGCUUUUAUUGAAUUUGAAAAGGAAGAAGACUGUGAGAAGGCGUUCUUCAAAAUGGAUAACGUACUCAUAGAUGACAGGAGAAUACAUGUGGAUUUUAGCCAGUCUGUUGCAAAGGUUAAAUGGAAGGGGAAAGGUGGGAAAUACACCAAGAGUGAUUUUAAGGAGUAUGAAAAGGAACAAGAUAAACCAUCCAAUUUGGUUCUGAAAGAAAAAGUAAAGCCCAAACAGGAUGCAAAAUAUGAUCUUAUAUUAGAUGAGCAGGCAGAAGACUCAAAAGCAAGUCACUCACACACGAGUAAAAAGCACAAGAAGAAAACACGUCACUGCUCUGAAGAAAAAGAAGAUGAAGAAUAUAUGCCAAUCAGAAAUCCUAAUCAGGAUAUCUACAGGGAAAUGGGUUUUGGCCAUUAUGAAGAUGAAGAAAGCUGUUGGGAGAAACAGAAAAAUGAAAAGAGAGAACGACGUCAGAACCGCAGUCGGAGCCGAUCUCGAGAAAGGGACGGUCACUAUAGCAACAGCCACAAACCCAAGUACCAGACAGAUCCAUUUGAAAGGGAAAGGAGUAGAAAGAGAGACCGAAGCAGAAGUCCAAAGAGACCCAGAGACAAAGAAAAAUCUAAGUACAGAUAAGCAGGACCAGGGGGAGGUCCGUGGCUAGCAGGUCUGCUGCCGCCUGACCUGGAGCCCUCACAGACUCGCUCGGUCCCUGCUGGCGGCACAGCUAACUCCGCCACAGCCUUCCGGGUUAACCCUGAUGGUGUGGGCACUGGGAGAGAGCUGGUGUUUUCUGUGUACGUUUUUAUACAAAUUGUAUUGUUAUACAUACAUGGUAGCAUUCAUAUUAACAUCUUUCAUAUUUUCAGACCUUUUUAAACGGAGCUUUUCAUGCCACAGAAGUCCAUCAGUUGUAUAGAAGACAUGAAACAUAGUGUAAGAGUAGUGUAAGAGAAGGAGUGUUAGUCACUAUGGAAGUUCCACAUGCCCCCCCCAGGAAUUAUCUUCCCGUAGUUGUGUUUGCCUGCUGUUAAUGUUAUAUUAGUCACUAUGGAAGUUCCACAUGCCCCCCCCAGGAAUUAUCUUCCCGUAGUUGUGUUUGCCUGCUGUUAAUGUUAUAUUAGUCACUAUGGAAGUUCCACAUGCCCCCCCCAGGAAUUAUCUUCCCGUAGUUGUGUUUGCCUGCUGUUAAUGUUAUAUUAGUCACUAUGGAAGUUCCACAUGCCCCCCCCCCAGGAAUUAUCUUCCCGUAGUUGUGUUUGCCUGCUGUUAAUGUUAUAUGGUUUUGAAUUUUUGUAUAAAUGAUAUGUAUGUUUACUUCUGUGACUUUUGAAAGAGUUGAUUGAUUUUUACUGUUAAGUAGUUGUGAUGAAUGUGGUGCAGUUGACCUGUUGCUCAGCUGGUGGGCUGUUGAGUGUUGUGAGCAUGUGUGUGGGGGCGUGGUACUAUCUAGCCAUAUUGUUUGAAUUUCAAUGCAUUUAUAACUAUGGUUGCUUAAUUUAUCUGGUAUGUGGAUUUGUGUGUGUGUGAGCAGAGGUAGCCACAAUGCAUAGUCCACCAUGCAGUCUACCAUGAGCUUAGGGCGGUUGUUGCUCCGUUCUCAUACACGCCUGACCUCCAAUAGGAAAGGCUUCAUUGCAUCCUGGCUAGGGAGACGGUGGCUCACUUGGUACCACGCUUGCUUCACAAGAUUCUCGGGACUACAUAACCAGGCCGACAGUGCGUGCUUAUAUCCCAGCACCAGGAAGGUGGAGCAGGUGAAGCUUCGGGGUUGGGAGAUACCUCAUCUCAAAAACCGUGGUGGAGAGCAAUUAAGGAAGAUGCCUGACUUUGACCUCUUACGUCCACGUAUGUGUACAAAGUUGUGCAUGCACAUGCACAGAGAAAAAUGGAUAGACAACUGCAAGUGUUGUUUGCACAGGUGAUUCUAAAACGUGGUCUGGAAAAAUGGUGAGACAAACUGGGAACAGUAAGAAGUUGCCUACCGGCAGCUGAGACUUGAUGUAAAAUAGCUCUGGAAUAUUGACAUGGUAAAAGUUGAUACACCGAGCAUUUCAAGGGGAAAAAUAUCCUUUAUUGCAAAUGACGAGAAGCUGUUUUAUUUUUCCUAUACAUUUGACAGUAAUUUUAUAUACUUAUGAAGGUGUAAUAUAUUUUGAUAUAUGUUCAUAUUCUGGGAUGAGUAAAUCCAUUUACAAAUGUU